AUUCAUUAUGUAGUUUAAUAUAUACAUGUACCUGGGUACUUAAUCGGUUUCGUUUCAAAAAAAAAUAGAGAAAUGCAACUAGUUCCUUAAUUUAUUAUCCAUAAUUCGAGUUUGAUUACCAUUUUGGACCACCAAUUCCUAAUUAAUUUGGAUUCUAAUUCCGGAUAUUUGGAAUUUUUGCUCACCCUCUAACUAAUACCUGGUCUGAUCGUCAAAGUAUUUCACAUGAAACACCCUCUUGUAGUCUUCUAUACUAUAUUUGAAAAAAAAAUAAAAAAAAUAAUGUAACCUCCAUGAUAGUGGUAUAAAAAGAAAUAAAGAAAGGUAUCACUAUUUCCAACUUCACUUGCUUCCAUUUUAUCCCCAUAAAAUUCCCUUUCACUUGGUUUCAGUGUUAGUGCUCUCUGCUACUCACUUCACUUCACUUCAAUUCUCCCCACCCUAACUUCUCAACCUUACCUUCAAUUCAUUUCUUCUUUUUUCCUGAGCUUCGUUUUCUCAAUCUAUUUCUCUCUCCUAUUUUUCCAUCUUCCUCCAUUUUUUUCCUUCACUGUUUGAUUUCUCCGUAAUUAUUUGCUUCUUCUCCAAGUUUCUACGAGAUUGGAGUAGAAUUUUUUAUCAAGUAUCAUCAAAAGUGGAGAAGACUAUACGACGUAGUUUCCUACAGUCUAGCUACUUGUUGUGAUAUUAAUGCUAAACGGCUCUGCUGCUAGAGAUGCCGAAUCGACAUAUAAGAGACCCGGAGCAGAAGCAUAUGAUCCCCAAGAAACCUGUGGAAAGCAGCUUAGUGAUUUCGUUGCCAUCUAACAAGUCUUCCCAAUGUGCUAAAGAGAGAUUGGAAGAUGCUCCGAAAAAUGCUAAGCGGAGGAGAGGAAGAAGAAAGACAAAAGGUGCCAUUGUGGAAGAUUUACCCGCUGACGGGAAACUUCAGUUGCAUGCUGACCCUCCCACAUCAAAUAAGGGCAUUGUAUUCCAACGAAGGCCGGGUUUCGGUCAGUUGGGCACUAAGUGUGUUGUUAAGGCGAAUUAUUUUCUUGCUGAGUUAACGAGGUCGGAUUUAUGUCAAUAUAAUGUUACUAUAACUCCUGAAGUAAAAUCAAGUAAAUUGAAUAAAGCUGUCAUGGCUGAGCUUGUGAAACUUCACAGAGAAACUAACUUGGGUGCAAAGCUUCCUGUUUAUGAUGGUAAAAAGAAUCUUUACACUGCCGGAUUACUGCCUUUUACGACGAAAGAGUUCAAGGUUACAUUGCUUGAAGAGAGUGAAGGGUUUGAAUCAACAAGGAAAAAUGAAUUCGAGGUUAAAAUCCAGUUUGUUGGUUUUGCUCGAAUGCAAGAACUACAUGAGCUUCUUGCAGGUAAACAGGUUAAAGCACCUCAAGAAGCUCUCACAGUAAUUGAUACUGUCUUGAGGGAAAUGGCUGCAAAAAGGUAUUUACCAUUUGGAAGAUUAUUCUAUUCUCCUGAUAUUCAAAAGCCUCAUCAACUUGGUGGUGGUUUACACUCUUGGCGUGGCUUCUAUCAGAGUGUAAGAGCCACGCAGAUGGGGUUGGCCCUGAAUAUUGAUAUGUCAGCAAGCGCAUUCAUUGAAGCACUCCCAGUAGUUGAGUUUGUAGCUCAAAUAUUGGGGAAGGAUGUACGUUCACGACCAUUGUCUGAUGCCGAUUCUGUUAAGGUUAAGAAAGCACUUAGAGGCAUCAAAGUGGAGGUGACUCACAGAGGAAAUGUACGGAGGAAAUAUAGAGUAUCAGGAUUGUCAGCUCAGCCUACCAGAGAACUAAUCUUCCCUGUUGAUGAGCAAAUGAAUAUGAAGUCAGUGAUUGAGUACUUCCAGGAGGUGUAUGGAUUUACCAUUCAAUAUGCUCACCUCCCUUGCCUUCAAGUAGGAAAUCAAAAGAAAGUAAAUUAUUUGCCGAUGGAGGCAUGCAAAAUAGUUGGAGGACAGAGAUAUACAAGAAGAUUGAAUGAAAAACAGAUAACAUCUCUACUCAAAGUUACAUGUAGACGACCAAGUGACCAGGAAACGGAUAUUUUGCAGACUGUUCACCAGAAUGGCUACAACCAAGAUCCCCAUGCACAAGAGUUCGGCAUAAAGAUAGAUGACAAACUUGCUACGGUUGAGGCUCGUGUUCUUCCUGCUCCAUGGCUGAAGUACCAUGAUACUGGAAAAGAGAAACAACACUUGCCUCAGCUUGGUCAGUGGAAUAUGCUAAACAAGAAAGUGAUUAAUGGGAGCACUGUAAGUAAUUGGGCUUGCAUCAACUUCUCGAGAAGUGUACAAGAGACUGCUGCUCGUGGGUUUUGUCGUCAGUUGGUGCAGAUGUGUCAAGUCUCUGGAAUGGAGUUCAACCCUGAACCUGUGAUCCCUAUCCAUUCUGCAAGGCCAGACCAGGUGAAGAAGGCCUUGAGAUAUGUAUGUAAUGCGGCUGCAAGCAAACUUGAUGGAAAGGAGCUGGAGUUGGUUAUUGCCAUUCUACCAGACAAUAAUGGCUCUCUAUAUGGUGAUUUGAAGAGAAUUUGUGAGACGGAUUUGGGAUUGAUUUCGCAAUGCUGCCUAACCAAAUAUGUCUUGAAAGUUUCCCGGCAAUACCUAGCGAAUCUGUCCUUGAAAAUUAAUGUAAAGUUGGGAGGAAGAAAUACAGUCCUUUUGGACGCUUUGAGUUUGAGAAUUCCAAUGGUUAGUGACAUCCCAACAAUAAUUUUUGGAGCUGAUGUAACUCAUCCAGAAAGUGGGGAAGAUACUAGCCCAUCCAUCGCUGCUGUUGUAGCAUCUCAAGAUUGGCCAGAAGUAACAAAAUAUGCUGGGAUGGUAUCUGCUCAGGCACACAGACAGGAAAUUAUACAAGAUCUGUUCAAAACCUGGCAAGACCCGCAACAAGGAACUGUCAAUGGAGGCAUGAUCAGAGAACUUUUGCUAUCCUUCAAGAGGGCCACUGGACAAAAGCCGCUGAGGAUAAUAUUUUACAGGGAUGGUGUCAGUGAUGGACAGUUCUAUCAUGUUCUAUUGUAUGAACUUGAUGCCAUAAGAAAGGCAUGUGCAUCACUGGAACCUGGCUAUCAACCUCCAGUGACUUUUGUUGUGGUUCAAAAGCGUAAUCAUACAAGAUUAUUUCCAAACAAUCACAAUGACAAGAGAAGCACCGACAAGAGUGGGAACAUCUUGCCCGGUACUGUGGUAGAUACUAAAAUAUGUCAUCCAACCGAUUUCGACUUCUUUCUCUGCAGUCAUGCUGGGAUUCAGGGCACCAGCAGACCUGCUCACUACCAUGUGCUCUGGGAUGAUAACAAUUUCACAGCCGAUGAGAUACAAUCUUUAACAAACAACCUCUGUUACACGUAUGCUCGCUGCACACGAUCUGUCUCAGUUGUCCCUCCAGCAUAUUAUGCCCAUCUAGCAGCUUACAGAGCUCGAUUCUACAUGGAAUCUGAUAGUAGUGAUAGUUCAGGGGGAUCACAUAAUUCGCGCGCAAACAAAGGCCAAAGCUUCCGCCCAUUGCCAGAAUUGAAGGAUAAGGUCAAGAAUGUAAUGUUUUACUGCUAAGCGUAGAUUGACAGUAGAUUAAUCAGAUGUGUAUAGUUCUCAUGUAAUUAUAGUUGUAGUGACUAGUGAAUAGUGCAUAACAAAUUUUGAUAGUUAUGAGAAGCUUUUGCUAGUCCUUCAAUUAUGAAUGUCUAAGUCAUAUAUCCUAGCUUCCACCCCGAGCAAAACAUUAUAUUGAACUCAUCGGGAUACAGUUGCAAAUCUCCUGAACAGACUGUUGAAUGAAA